UUCCACCAUGAGGAAAAGGAAGACAACAGAUUCACCUCAUUCAUCCACAGAUGUGAGUGAAAGGAAAGAGAAAUUAAGACUGAAGCAAGAGGUUGGUCUGAUUAGUGGAGUGUCAUUAAUUGCAGGCACCAUGAUAGGCUCGGGGAUCUUUAUGUCCCCUGAAUGGGUACUACAUCAUAUGAGGAGCCCUGCCAGCAGCCUGCUUAUCUGGGGAGCCUGUGGUCUCCUGGCCAUGUUUGGAGCCUUGUCAUAUGCUGAGCUUGGAACCAUAAUUAAAGAGUCUGGAGGAGAAUAUAUUUACAUCUUGAGGAUUUUUGGUUCUUUUCCUGCUUUCCUUUUUGCCUACACUUCUGUUAUCCUGGUGAGACCAGCUGGUUUGGCAGCUGUCUGUCUGAGCUUUGCUGAAUACGCUGUUGCACCGUUCUACCCAGGAUGCUCAUCUCCACCAGUUGUCAUCAAAUGUGCAGCUGCUGCCUGCAUCCUGCUUUUAACUAUUGUCAACUGUCUCAACGUGAGGCUGGCAACGUCUGUUAUGAACGUUUUUACAGCUGCCAAGCUCUUGGCGUUGCUGGUGAUUGUGGUAGGCGGACUGGUGCUGCUCACCAGUGGACAAACUCAGAGCUUUCACAACGCUUUUCAGAACACAACUACGAGUAUUGGGGCAGUUGGAGUGGCGUUUUACCAGGGGCUCUGGUCCUACGAUGGAUGGAACAACCUGAACUAUGUAACCGAGGAACUGAAGAAGCCUGAGGUGACCCUUCCCAGAGCUGUGAUGAUUGCCAUUCCUUUGGUUACAUGCCUGUAUUUGCUGGUAAACAUAAGUUACUUAGCAGCCAUGACUCCAUCUGAACUGCUGUCUUCAGGAGCUGUGGCCACCACCUGGGGAGACAAAGUCCUGGGCCGUUGGGCAUGGCUUAUAUCCCUGUUUGUGGCACUGUCUACGUUUGGUUCAUCCAAUGGCACAUUCUUCAGCGGAGGCCGGGUAUGCUACAUUGCUGCAAGGGAAGGCCAUAUGCCGGACAUUCUGUCUAUGGCUCACGUGCGAUGCCUCACACCCUCCCCUGCUCUGCUGUUUACAUCUGCCAUGUCUUUAAUAAUGAUAUUAUCAGGAAACUUCACCACCAUUGUGAACUUUUUCAGUUUUAUAGCAUGGUUUUUCUAUGGCAUGACUAUUUCUGGUCUCCUGUAUUUAAAAAUCAAGAAACCAGAACUACCAAGAUCUUACAAGGUCCCAAUUAUCAUCCCCAUAAUCGUGCUGAUGGCAGCUGUGUACCUGGUGUUAGCUCCCAUCAUUGAUCAUCCCCAGUCUGAGAUCCUCUACAUCAUCCUGUUUAUUUUCAGUGGUGUCAUUCUUUACUUCCCACUGGUUCACUUCAAGCACCACCCUCGUUUCUUACAAAAAGUCACUUUAUAUCUCCAGUUGUUCCUGGAAGUGGCACCAACCACCAGAAAUGCCAACUGAGAUAACAUCCUCCCAGUGUGUGGCUGUGGGCCUUUGUAGUAUCCUAGCACCUUGGUUUUCAAGGCUUAGAAGUUAUUUUCUGUAAAGGUGAAUGAGCAGAAUGAAAGUGUCACUAAAAUGUCCAGCUGAGAGACACUAGAGCCAUGACUUCUCAUGUUUCAUUAACAUUCUGGGGACAUGUUUUUCUUAUUUUCAGCUCUGCCAUGGCAGAUUACAUACAGAUUCCAAAGCAGUACAUGCUUUUGGAUUUUCCAUCCCAGGAAAAGCUGUUUGUCAAAAACUUAGCUCUUGUAUUUCAAUGCAACAGGCAACAGAAGACUGACAAUGAAAUAUUAUUCCUAUAGCAGGCUGUGACCCUAAGCCAUUCCUGGAAAUGUGUUUAAUUAUUUCCACCCAGUUCUGCCCACUAUGGCCACAGAGCUGCUCAAAUAAAUAAUGCAUGGACACACCAUGCUCACAACAAAAAUGUCACUUUGGGUAUUCAUUUUGGGAGGGUGGUUUUCCCUUGCUCCUUCCAGUCCCAGGUGCACAGUCACAACAGUCCUUUCUCUGUCUCAGAAAUCAUCAUGCAUCUCCCAUAGAAAAACCUCUGACAUGAGACCAGAAGUGCUUGAAAGCUCUGCCAGUUUACUUUGUUGAGAAUGCACUACUUGUCAUCUGGCAUCCAGUCAUUUAUGAUGAGGACACAGACAACAUCACUCAGUACCACUGAUGGUCACUCAAUACCCUUCCUAUAAUUCCCACAAAGACAAAUCAUUUCUUCUGUGGUAAAUUGAGAAAAAAAAAUCUACGGUGUAUGUAGAUUUGUGUGUAAAUAGGAGGAUACUCUCAUUGCAAAUUAAAGAAAUCACAUACAUUUAUGUAUAAUGGGCUACAUUAGGAGAAAUGUGUCCAGCAGGUCAAGGAAAUACACUGUCCAUUUAGACUCAACGCUGGUGAGGACACUCCUGAAAUACUGCACCCAGUGUUGGCCCUGCUGUUCAAGGAGGAGCUGUGAAGACAACAGAGCCCAGCUCUACUUGGCAGUGACAUCCAGGGGCAAUGGCCACAAACUGUGGCUUGAGAUAUUCAGGACUCCAGGAAAUCCCUUCACCAUGAUGGCAGUGCCACCUUAGAGCAGUGUGCAGGGAGGUGAUGAGAGCUCAGUUCUCUUACAUUUUCCAUCACAGCCAGUUCCACCAACUCCCAUGAUUCUAAAGGGACAGCACAAAAGAGUCAUGGGCUGUGCUCUCACCCACACCUAACACACUGCAGCUGCCUCAUUACCCUGAGGCUCAACCCUUUUUUUUUUUUU